UCUGAAUUUACUUCAGUUUGUAAGAACGUCACUAGUAAUUCACUUGCUUGUCGGUUCUCUAGAUUUUUGUCGUUCCACAUUUUGGGAUUUUGUGCUUUUGUGGCUCAAAAGAUCGAGAUUACAUACAGUUUCUCUCACGUAGGUUGGUUUUAUUUUGAAGAGAAUAUAACAGGUUGUGAAAAUGGUGAAAGAAACAACAUAUUAUGACAUUCUUGGGGUAAAGCCAAAUUGUACUACAGAUGAACUGAAAAAGGCAUAUAGGAAAUUGGCUCUUAAAUACCAUCCAGAUAAGAAUCCUAAUGAGGGUGAGAGAUUCAAGCAGAUAUCACAGGCCUAUGAAGUCCUUUCAAACCCAGAGAAGAGACGCAUUUAUGACCAAGGUGGUGAGCAGGCACUCAAGAGUGGUGGCGGUGGUGCUGGUGGCUUCUCAUCUCCUAUGGACUUGUUUGACAUGUUCUUUGGAGGUGGUUUCAGCGGCGGGCGGCGGCGAGGGCGUGAACGCAAGGGCAAGGAUGUCAUCCAUCAGCUGUCUGUCACAUUGGAGGAGCUCUAUCGUGGUGCUGUCAGGAAACUAGCCCUGCAGAAGAAUGUUAUUUGUGAUAAGUGUGAAGGAAGGGGAGGGAAGAAGGUUGCAGUGCAAACUUGCCCCACAUGUCGUGGUACAGGAAUGCAGGUUCACAUUCAACAAAUUGCUCCUGGCAUCAUCCAACAAAAUCAGACAAUGUGCAGCGAGUGUCGUGGACAGCGGGAGAUCAUUGAUCCUAAGGAUCGCUGCAAAGUUUGCCAGGGUCGCAAAACCGUUCGCGAUCGCAAGAUCCUUGAAGUCCACGUUGACAAGGGCAUGACUGAUGGCCAGAAGAUAGUGUUCAGUGGUGAAGGCGACCAAGAGCCUGAGUUGGAACCAGGAGAUUUAAUUAUAGUUCUGGACGAGAAGGAACAUGACGUAUUCAAAAGAUCUGGCAAUGAUCUUAUUUUGCGCUUGAACAUUGAGUUGGUGGAGUCUCUGUGCGGCUUCCAGAAAGUGAUCAGGACUCUGGACGAUAGGGAUAUUGUAAUCACCGUGAUGCCGGGCGAAGUCACUAAGCACGGUGAAGUGAAGUGUGUUUUGAACGAGGGUAUGCCGAUGUACAAGAAUCCAUUUGAGAAAGGCCAACUUAUAAUACAAUUCCUAGUUAAUUUCCCCAACCGCAUUCCGCCUGAAGUCAUUCCUGCCCUGGAGAACUGCCUACCCCCUCGGCCUAGGAUUGAGAUUCCCGAGUUGGCUGAAGAGUGCCAACUGAUGGACUUGGAUCCGGAACAAGAGAGCCGGCGGAGACGCGCGCAUCACGGCGCUGCUUACGACGAAGACGACGACCAUCCCGGCAUGAACCGCGUGCAAUGCGCCACUAGUUAGACUGCACACCGUUAAUGACACCAAUGGACCCGCAAUGGACACUAUCCAACAAUCAUAACCGCAUAAUGAUGUAGUGAUUUGAAACUAGUACUAGGGCUGUGCAACUGGUGACGUUUGGCUGGAUACCCGAAAAAAAAAUUGUAUUUAGGUCUGAGCGCAUCAAAAGCAGGUCCAAAGAAUUUCGAAGAUUUUUUGGAUUACAAAUGGUGUAGGCCCGCUUUAAAACUGUAUUGCAUAUAACCUGCUUUUGAUGCACUCAGUACUCGAUUUUGCUAUCACUGUUUAGUACACUGUAGUGUCAAACCAUAACUCUUUUUGGUUAUGAUUUUGUUAAUGGUAUUGAUAAUUUCUACUGAUUGUUUUUUUCACGAUCUAAAUAACUUGAAUGAAUCCUGGUCGCACAUCUCUGGCUAUGACUACUAUCUCUCUAACUAGUUAAAUUAUUAACUGCCGAAAAGUAUUAGAAGCUUUGCAUAUUAUGCAUAUGUUUCUAUAUCUUAUGUUAGCUACUAAUGCGAUAAGCAAGUAAUAGUAUAAUGUGUUGGUUUUAUUGGGAGUUGUUCUAAUUAAUAUAAUGUGAUUAGGAUUUUAUGCGUUUUGAGAUGUAUGAUAUAUAAAUACUGUUCCUCAAGAUUCUGCUCCUUUGGGAAUGGAAUGUAUGCUUAUGUUACUAGCAUUAUAGCUUUCUAAUGCUGAAAUAUAUAUUUUAAAUCUAAUCAGUUGCUUCAGAGUUUAAAUUGCAAUCAAAUCUUUUUUUCUCCUUAAUGGUAAUAAAAAUAAGUCUGGAUGGAUGUCGCCUAUACGUUUAUUGAAACUUAAGAAACUAUAAAAAGAAGACUGUUCCAUAUAUGUAAAGGUACUAUAACUUGGAUUAUCAGCUUCAUGUAAAUCACGUCACGAAAUCUCCACCUAAAUAGCAAUAUUUAAAAUGAGAACUUUUAAACGGGGUAAGAAAUCCUAUUCUCCUUCGACCUUGACAUGGGCGACAAACAAUUAAAUUUAAGCUAAUUUAAUUAGGGUGAAAUGCAUGUGUAAUUUGUAAUGACUAGUUAUAAAUAAUUUUAUAGCACUAUCUAACGGGUCCAUUGGCAAAAGGUGAAUUGAAUAAACUUAACUGUGAUUUUGAUUUACUAUUUCUUUAGAUAAUUUAUGUUUGUAAGUUAUUGCUUACUAUCAAUAGAUGAACUGUAAUUAAUUUCGUCAGUUACAACUGGAUUUGUUUUUGCACAUUGUGUCAUUCCAUCGUUAAUUCAAAUAACUAACACAUCCACCGUUAUACGAGUUAUACCUUGGUUUUUCUUCAAUAACCCUGCAUUUACACGUGUACUAUUUUAAAAAAAGGACUUACUUAGUUUCUGUAUUAAUGUUGUUCAAGUUAUCAGAAUAAAUUUCUUUGUCUCGCA